ACGUAAUAGUCUAUGAGUCUUGCCGAAGCCGAUGCUCGGAAGUCUAUGGGUACACGCAUGGUGCAGACGUUCAGUAGCUAACUAGUACAUCCUUCAUCUCUACGAAAAUCAUUUAAAGAACCAGCUGUGAAAUGUGUGGUAUCUGGGCCUUGUUUGGCAGUGAUGAGUGCCUGUCAGUUCAGUGCACCAAUGCCAUGAAGAUCGCUCACAGGGGCCCUGAUGCCUUCCGCUUUGAGAACGUCAACGGCUUCACCAACUGCUGUUUUGGCUUCCACCGGUUGGCCAUUGUGGACCAGCUGUAUGGUAUGCAACCCUUACGCAUCAAGAAGUUUCCUUUCUUGUGGUUAUGCUACAAUGGAGAGAUCUACAACCAUCACACGCUGCAGAAGCAGUUUGCCUUUGAUCAUCAGACCAAAGUGGACGGUGAGAUUUUGCUCCAUCUGUAUGACCGCUUUGGCAUCCAGAAGAUGGCUUCUCUCCUGGAUGGUGUCUUUGCUUUUAUUCUGCUGGACACUGCCACCAACAAAGUCUUUCUGGGAAGAGAUACGUACGGUGUCCGGCCUUUAUUCCGAUUCCUCACAGACGAUGGAUUUCUUGCCGUCUGCUCAGAAGCCAAAGGACUUAUAGACAUUACCCAUGCCAUGGAUACCUCUGUCAAGAUCGUUCCCUUUCUCCCUGGGCACUUUGAGGUCUUUGAUUUGAAGCUGAACGGCAAAGUUCGGUCCAUUCAAAUGGAGCGUUUUCACUGCUGCACCAAAGAGCCUGCUCAUGCCAUCUACGACCUUGUGGAGAGACUGCCUACAAGUUUUGACGAGGAAACGGUAAAAAGCAACAUCAGAACCCUGUUUGAGAGUGCUGUACGGAAACGUCUCAUGGCCAGCAGGAGAAUUGGCUGUCUUCUGUCAGGUGGUCUGGAUUCGAGUUUGGUUGCUGCUACACUGUUGAAGCUGGCCAAGGAGGAAAAGCUGCAGUAUCCCAUCCAGACAUUUUCCAUCGGGUCAGAGGACAGUCCAGACAUCAUAGCAGCUCGUAAGGUGUCAGCUCACAUUGGCAGCGAACACCACGAGGUGAACUUCAGUGCAGAAGAAGGCAUCCAAGCUGUAGAGGACGUCAUCUUUCACCUGGAGACCUAUGACAUCACCACCAUACGGGCCUCUGUGGGGAUGUACUUGGUUUCAAAGUACAUCAGGGAGAAGUCGGACAGCGUGGUGAUCUUCUCUGGAGAGGGUUCUGAUGAGCUGACUCAGGGAUACAUUUACUUCCACAAGGCUCCAACUCCCAAAGCAGCUUCAGAGGACAGCGUUCGUCUGAUGAAGGAACUCUACCUGUUUGAUGUCCUCCGUGCUGAUCGCACCACUGCUGCACACGGUCUGGAACUCAGAGUGCCUUUCCUGGACCACAGGUUCACAGCUUACUACCUGUCUCUGCCUGAGGACAUGAGGACCCCUAAGCACGGAGUGGAGAAGCAUCUUCUGCGGGACUCCUUCAAAGACCUCAACCUGAUCCCCGAUGAGAUCCUGUGGAGGCGCAAAGAGGCCUUCAGUGACGGUAUGACAUCUGUGAAGAAGUCCUGGUACAUCAGCCUGCAGGAGCACCUCGAGUCUAUGGUGAACGAUGACCAGAUGGAGAAGGCUCACAAGACGUUCCCUCACAACCCCCCACCCACCAAAGAGGCCUACUACUUCAGACAGGUGUUUGAGAAGCACUACCCUGGCCGAGCGGAGUGGCUCUCCCAUUACUGGAUGCCCCGCUGGACCAACGCCACCGACCCAUCGGCCCGCACCCUGGCCAUCUACAAUCCUGAUAAGGAGCAGUGAGCCACUGAAACAGCUGUGUGCCGGUGUCUGUCAGUCAGCAACAUGUCUGCCUUCUUAGAACAUUCUGUGUGUGUAUAGGAUACCUUUACCAUUUAUCUCAUUCCCCCUGCUCUGGUGUUUCCCCCUCUCAUUCCCCCUACUCUGGCAAGUCAGUCGUUCUCUUACAGCUAAAUUUGACCAACUCCAUUAAAGUCUGACAGGACCAGUAAAUACUCACUGUCGCCCUAUUCCCACGGGACUGGUAUGACCUGGGGACCUUUAGUACGUAAUAAUUGCGGAGGUUGUCUGUGAUCUUAAUCCCGUGUGAAUCUGCCAUGUCUGUAAUUUUUCAAGUAAAAAUUCCAGGCCAAAUUACCGACCAUAUCUUGCCAAACACAGAGGUCACGUGUGAAUCGGCUGUGUUGGCAAUUAUAAGUUUUGACAGAGCCUUAACAUCAUAUGUGGGGGAUAAUGUCAGUAAAGUCAAGAUAAUCAAAUAAAAUACAGACUUUGCUAACAUUAGUGACUAACACUAGUCCUGUGUGAAUAGGGCUGUAUAUCUUUGGACUUUAGCAUCAACGUGAAGAAGUACAGUGAUUUAUCAAAACAAUUUAAAUUGCCAGAGAAUUUACUGUACUUUAUGACAAAGUUAUAUUUUAUCAGAAGAUUGUAUCCAUAUUGCCUAGUUGGCAGUGUUGAGAUGUGAGAGAGAACUACAGGAAAUGGACAAAGUAAUGCCUGAUAAUAUACUGUAAUUCAAUAAGCAUGACCCUUUAGUAUAAAACUCUGACACUGAGGAAACAUUGAACAUUUUAAGCUUCAUUUUUCUCAAAGGGGUUUUAUUGCGUUGCUGUUGUAUCUGAUUGCAUUCACUGUAUUUUUAUUUAUUUCUAAUUUUGUCCAUUUCCUACUGUUGGCAUUUUGUGUCUAACUUGCUUUCUUCUAUACUUGUUGGUUUUACAUGAUUUGCUGCUAAAAUAAAUGCACCUCUGGGCACAGAAACGU